UGUGAACAAUUGAUCUACAUAUACAAUUUUUACUUGUUAUGCUGAAAUCUUUUAACUCAUUGAAACAAAUGUCUAGUUCGACAUAUUUAUUUUUUUUAAGCAGAGGUCGUUUCUUACAAAAAUAUCAAAGAGACCAAAUAUUUAAGACCGCGCUUUAUAAAGGUCAUUCUUGUAAAUCACCAAACUCCAUUUGCAAUAGAUCUAAUUGAACGAUUUGCCUUUAAAAUGAGUUAACCUUUAAUUUUUGCCCUUCAAAUGAAUUGAUCUUUAAUUUUUUUUCCCUACAGAUCAAGUUGAUGCUCAGCGGGACAAAGUUUAUUUACGAACAAAGGAUAGGGCAUAAGUUUGAAGAUAUUAUAAUGCAAAAAAGUUAUUCAUCAGAUAAAACCUAAAAGAGGAAUUUUCGCAUAUAGUCAAUCAAAAAUAACUUAAUUAUACUACAUAUCUAUAUUUUCCUAAUUACGAUUCGUAGCUACAUGUUAGAGGGAGGAGAGAGGGCAGAGAGUAGAGAGAGGUGAACUGUAUAUGUAUAUAUGUCAGAUGAUUGUAUAUAUGUAACAAGUAUACAUAUAUAUUUGUAUAUCUGAUGAUCGAGAUUAAGUGAGGGAGAAGAGAGGCGAGCGAGAGAGGGUGGAGAGAGAAGAAAUGCUAAUUGUAUUUGUCUGUUCGUCAUACAAUUGUAUAUUGUAUAUGUAUAAUUUGUAUUUGUAUAUAUAUAAAAGAGGAGAGAGGAAAUAGGUGACAUAAUUACAACUAAAAUUAAGUUGUGAACUAUAGCUAUGUUAGUUAAAUAAUUAGUACUAAAUUUCCCCAAAUUAAAAAGCAGCACAAAAUAGGGCCAAAAGUGCAAAUAACCUGUUAGAUAGAAUUGGAUUUUGAUCCACCCGGCCCUUUGUGAGCUCCGUUCAAUUUGGGGAAGGAAGAACAGAAGUGUUGAACUGGUAAGGAAAUUCAUAGAAGCUCAAGAACAAAAACCCUCCUUAAACCCUAACGCGAAGAAGAUCGACAUGAAUAGAUCUCUUGCAACAAGUAUUUAUCGCUGUUCGUUAAUGCUGAAUCCUUACCCUGCUACCUCUUCAUUUUGGCCCAGCUAUAGGCGUUUCACAUCCAAAAGCUCUAAUCAACCUCCUGCUGAUAGCAACAACAACAACCUUCAAGACGAAGACGAUAUCAGCAAUAAAGCGCUGAAAAAGCAGAUAGAUAAGUUUUUUGAAGGAGAUGAAGAAGCAUUCCCAUCAAUAUUUGAAGCCAUAUUGAAAAGAAAAUUGGCUGGAAAAAGUGAAGAAUCUGAUAAGGAAUUGAUGAAUGAACUUCAGGCUCAACCUCGUCGACAGCAUGAUGCUGCCAAUAGAGAGUCUGACUCCGAUUGAGUUGACUUACGACAAGUCUACCUAUAUGAGUAUUGUUUUUUAUACAUUGAUGAGAAUACAAGAUUGUGGAUCCAUAAUUGCCAUGGGGAGUGAGUUGUUUAUGUAUUCAUCAUUCCUCACUGUAAUUUUAUAUUUCAAUAGCUAGCAGAUUCAUUUUGGAUCAGCAGAAAGAAUUUCUAUCUGACAACUUGUGAAGUUGGAAGCGUAGGUGUCCAAUCAAUCAACAACAACAUACCCAUUGUAAUCCUACAAGUGUGGUCUGGUCUGGUGAAGGCAUCUAAUCAAUCAAUGAAGUGGAAUUAACUGUGGGAUACCAGGAUUUGGAUCCCAAUAGAAAUAGAAGAAGUCUUUUUUCUCUUUUGGUCUGGCUAAGUUGUAGCGAGCAAAAUUAUGUUUGUUUGAAGUUUGGAUGAUUUAAACACUGUGCUAUAGCCUCUGGAUGAUGUAUUUGUGACCCAUGGAUGAUAUGUUUUCUGAGUAAAAUUUGUUAUUCCCUUAACCUUCCAGUGUAGGAACUCUUAUUCUUUGUACUUACUUACCUAUGCAUUAAUAGAGGUUGUCUUCUCGCGGGUUCA